AUGAAGGAAUAUCGUUAGAGCUGGAGUUAAGAGGUAAUUCUAGUAAAUAAUGAAUAGGAAGAUUAGAUGCUAUAAGAAUUAUACAAAAUUUGUGGCGAUAAAUGGAAAAAGAUCGCAGAGUUACUGCACUUAAGAUAGAAAUAAUAAAGAAAAAUAAGAACUGCAGCAGCUUGUAGAGAGAGAUAUCAAAAUAUUCUAAAACCUUCUUUAAAUAAAAAUGAAUGGACUAGAGAGGAGGAACAAAAAUUGUUUUAAUUAUAAAAACUGUAUGGAAAUUGCUGGACUAAAAUUACUAUAAAGAUGAGAAAUCGAUCAGAGCUGAUUUGUAAAAACUACUUUUAUGCUACUAUCAGAAGAGUACUGAGAAGAUUGAGCAAGUAAGUUGGCAUCUUAAAACGUAAUUGUAGUUAUAUAGUAAUUUAGCUUCUCAAAUGUUAAAAUCUAUUAAGCCCAGCGUUCUAAUGAGUAUAUAUUUGGAAAGAAAUUAAGAAUCGUAAAUGGUUUUUAGAGAAGAAGUACGUCUUCAAUUGAAGUAAAUGAUAACUAAAUAUUAAUUUAUUCAAAAAGAAGAAAAUAUCUAGAUCAAUUAUGAUGAAAUUCAAAAUAUUAAAUAAUUGAUUCAAGGAUUAGUUGAUGCUAAGUAUUAAUAUUAUUUUUAAUUUAGUCAUUAAUAUUUAGAAUUAAAGGGAGGGUUUUAAGUUUAAAAAAAAACUAAAUCGAAUAUACUGAUUAGUAAGUAAAUUUAGUUGGAAUUGGAAGAAGAAAGAAUUAUUAAAAGAAUUAAAUAGUAAAAAAAAUUAUUUGUGAUCAGAAAACGGAAAUCCCAAAAUUAACCACAAUUAUAAGAGUAAAAUCUAAAAAAUAGCUCUUUUAAUGAAGACAAGUGUUUUAAAAAAUAAAUCACCAAUUAUAAUUGUAAAACUUCUGAUAAUUAAUUGUAAAUCUAAGAAUAAUACAAUCUAUAUUAAACUUAAGCCUAUCUCUAAAACUACCUAGCUUAUUCUAAAUAUAUUUCCUUAUAUUAGUUAUAGUAUGGAAACUUAUUUGAUCCAAGCAUGUAUUUUUGUAAUCAAUACAUUCAUUAUCCAUUUUAAAUUUAAUAGAGAUUAUGA